AAUAGGUUGGAAUUUAUAAAUGGCAUGAAUAAGUAUCAUGAAGUUCGUCGCUACUGAUCUUUUUUUGUUACCACAUUGGACCCCUGUGCAUGCGCUUUCAGGAGGACUGGGUUUGGUGCCUCUUAUUUUGUAUUUUGGUCGAAUCGUAAGUUACAAAAAGCAAAUACUGACUUGUCACCAGUCAGUUCGUUUGGAAUUAUAGUGCUUCAACGCCAUGAAGAUACCAAAAAGCUUCAUUUUCAUUGUCGGUACCAUUUGGUCGUUGCUUCUCUGCGUCAAGCUGUGGCAAGAUUUUCCACUGCAGGGGAUGAUGAGAACACAAAACAAGUUACCAACGAUUAAACGACUUUACGUUGAAGAUGUGACUGUCAACCAAGGGUCGUCAGAACCUGAAGCGGACAAUAGGCCAAAACACCUCGAGCAGAAACGAGGCAGCAGUCAUGGAUACGAGAAAAUCAACGUCAGGAAUGUUUCGGAGAAUCUUUAUAAACUUGCUCCAAAUGUCUUCGAUGGGGUGCCGGAAGAAUUUCUACCUCAAUUCAGAAAUCCUUGCUGGUGGUCUGAUAAGGGUCAUACGUCAUCUGACCUCAAGUGUCUACCCUAUUUUUUUCUGGCCGGUAUGCCAAAGUGUGGUACCACUGACGUCUAUUUUAAGUUGGCCAAGCAUCCCCAGAUACAUUCAAGUUGCGGUAUUUACAGGAAGGGACAAUUAUGGUGGACAAGAAGACGCUUAGGGGGAACAAGCCUACAGAAGUACGUCGACUGUCAGUCAGUUACCAUUGGAAAACAACUUGUAAAAGGUUCUGACCCAUCGAUCAUUACAGGAGACUGUUCAUCUCCGACGUUCUGGGAGAACAAGAAUUGGCGGAAAUUCUUCCCUAAGGAAGAGCUUGGUCCUCCAUAUCUUAUUGCUGACGUCAUAGGCACUGUUUUGCCAAAGACUAAGAUACUUCUCACACUUCGGGAUCCUACUGAAAGGUUACUCUCUGACUUCCACUACAUGCAUCAUUACAAGUGGGACUAUGAUCGUGGACCGUCCAUAUUCCACAAAGAAGUCGUGGAUUUCCUCAGUCGUUUUAACUCAUGCCUAGCUGAUAAGCAAGACAACAGGACGUGUGCCUAUGAUAUGCAAAAUAUAUUGCCAGUGAGAGGCCCCAUUGGACUGUUCUCAGUAUAUCUCCGUGACUGGCUGAAGUUUCUACCACGUGACCACAUUAAGGACUUCCGAAUGGAGGACUUGAAGGAAAACUGCCCACUGGUGCUUUCUCAAUUGUUUGAGUUUCUCCAAUUGCGGAAACUGGACAGUCCUGCCCUUAAACGGGCGUGCCAGCGCCCUAUCGGCAAUAAGCACAAGAAACCAUACAAACCGAUGCUACCGGAAACACAACAGUUAUUAAGAGAGUUCUACCGACCUUAUAAUGAAGAACUUGCACAGAUGCUGAACGAUCAGAAAUAUUUGUGGGAGGAUACACAGAAAACAUAACUUUGUCGAUUGACUAAAUAAUAGUCAUUCAUCACAUGGUUUGAUUCCUAUAGUCUUGGAAUGUCAUCCAAUCGAAAGUUUGUUCAGUACUUGACUAAAAAGGAACAUUAUUAAGUCGUUGAAAAUGAUUUAAAUCCUAAAAACGUAAAGCCCGGUGUGGCGGUUUCAACUUUCCGCUGUGUUCAGUUUUCCGAAUGACCAAAUACGGUAGCAUUACGUCAU